AUGGUUGGAGAUUCUGAAAACAGCCAAGUUCUUCUGGACAUUCCAACGUCUUUCGAUUCCAGACAGAAAUGGCCAGAGUGUACUCAAAUUGGAGCCGUUCGUGAUCAAUCCGAUUGUGGGUCGGCUGCUCAUUUGGUAGCUGUUGAGUUGGCAUCCGACAGAACUUGUAUAUUUUCAAAUGGAACAUUCAAUUGGCCACUUUCCGCCCAAGAUCCAUUAUCAUGCUGUGUGGGAUUAAUGUCGAUUUGUGGAGAUGGCUGGGGAUGUGACGGUAGCUGGCCGAAGGAUAUUCUAAAAUGGUGGCAGACUCACGGACUAUGCACAGGUGGUAACUACGAAGAUCAGUUUGGAUGUAAACCAUAUUCAAUCUAUCCUUGUGACAAGAAGUAUCCAAAUGGAACGACAUCAGUUCCUUGUCCGGGAUAUCAUACUCCAACUUGCGAAGAGCAUUGCACAUCAAAUAUAACAUGGCCAAUCGCCUACAAACAAGACAAACAUUUUGGAAAAGCUCACUACAAUGUCGGGAAGAAAAUGACAGAUAUUCAAACUGAAAUAAUGACUAAUGGACCAGUUAUUGCUUCUUUUGUAAUUUACGACGACUUUUGGGAUUACAAAUCAGGAAUUUAUGUUCAUACAGCUGGAGAUCAAGAAGGAGGAAUGGACACCAAGAUCAUUGGAUGGGGAGUGGAUAGUGGAGUUCCAUAUUGGUUGUGUGUUCAUCAAUGGGGUACCGAUUUCGGAGAGAAUGGCUUUGUGAGAUUCUUGCGUGGUGUGAAUGAAGUCAAUAUUGAGCAUCAAGUGUUGGCUGCUCUACCAGAUAUAGAUAAACAUAAUUGA